CAGUCCUAUUGAUCAGUUUAUACAACUGUAGAAUCACUAUUCUUUCCUUUCGCUAUCCUUCAUAUAAAGCAAUUUUAUAAGACCGAAGCUGUCACCAAGAGCAUUCACACAAAUCUCUUCGGCCAUGAAGAAACGUAUUAUCGUUUGUUGCGACGGAACUUGGCAGAAUGCGGACAACGGCUACGUCAAGCCAACUGCCUCUAAUCCUGUUCCGACUCUCCAGAUCCCCUCGAACGUAACGCGCAUUUCCAGAGCUUUCAAAAGAGGUUGUUCUAAUAGCACAUUCCAAAUUGUAUACUAUCAGUCCGGCGUCGGCUCUAGAGCAGGCGUCGUCGACAGGAUUCUAGGUGGUGCGUUUGGAAUCGGCAUAGCAGAGAAUAUUCGUGAAGCCUAUGCCUACAUUUGCGCCAAUUAUGUUGAUGGGGACGAAAUCAUUCUUAUCGGUUUCAGCCGCGGGGCUUUCACUGCCAGAUCUAUCGGCGGCAUGAUAUCGGACCUCGGUCUGUUAACCCGUGAAGGCAUGGAGUUCUUCUACCCAGUCUUCAAGGACAUGCAGAACUGGAUGAACCCAAACUAUAAAGACCAAUUUCCACAGAUACCCUUCCCAAAUAAACCAAAAGGCGCUCACGCCGCCGACGAGUAUCGGGAUAUGCUCGUUAAGCAUGGCUACACUCGGGUACGCCAAAACAAAGGCACAGGAGAUUUGAUUAAGGUCAAAGCCAUUGGUGUAUGGGAUACAGUCGGCUCGCUAGGUAUCCCCCAAGGGAAAUUGAGAGAGCUCUUUGCUCGACUCGGUAUCAAAUCGCGCAGUCAAGAGUACCGGUUUUAUAAUACUAGGCUGUCCAACAAGAUUCAGCAUGGUUUUCAUGCUCUCGCGCUAGACGAAACCCGCGGACCGUUCAGCCCGACGUUGUGGGAGCGACAACCAGAGUAUCGAGAUACUUCAGAUCUUCGACAGGUUUGGUUUCCUGGUAGUCAUGGAAACGUAGGAGGUGGUUGGGCCGAUCAAGGCGUUUCUAAUAUAACCCUUGCUUGGAUGAUGGAUCAACUCUCUUCCGUUGGAUGUGAAUUCGUAGAUGACGCCCUCGAAAGACUCUACGAUCGUAAUGUGAGAUAUUACCACAGUUUGACGCCAGAAAAGACGAAACGUGAGAAAGCUGCUAGUGCUUCUUGUGGAUGCUGCGGAGCCACACGCGAGAAAGGGCCACAACCUUGGGCAGCAAUACCUAUAUUCAAUCCGAACAAACCUGUUCGCCCGUGGUCCCUGCAUAGCAUCCAAGCGGUGAAGAGCCCAGUUUAUGACCUCGCUGGACGCGUUACUCGUUCGCCUGGCAUGUACAAGAAAAUGAAUCCCGAACAUGGACGGCCGACACGUGCCUAUCUUAAGGAUACGAACGAGCGCAUCCACAGCUCAGUGCGCGUCCGCCUCGCGUGCGAGGGUUUAGGGCUCAACGACAAAGACAUUUGGAAAUGUCCCGCCUUAUUGCGGUCGUGGCGUCCUCGUCGUGUAGCUCAAAGCUUUCCCGACCCGGUGCCACAAGAUGCCAAUUGGGGACCGAAAGCAAAUGGCAACGAUGGAGGUGAGCAAUCCAACGACAACAACGCUAAUGAUAGUAGCGCUGCUACUAGCAAAGUUAUUUAUGAUGCAGACGAAAGCGAAAGCGCAACUACACAAGGAGGUAGUUCUUCGCAGGAACUACGGUGGGUUUGGGAGUAUGUAGGUCCCGAGGAGGAUGCCCCGUACGUUCGGACGUUGGUGGAGGAGAACAUAGGUCCAUGGGAGAGACAUUUGCUAGAAUUGUCAAUUGGAAAAGUGCACGUCUAUAAGUAUGCGGAAGCCCAGGACGUCACCCGGCUCCGAGCUUUGAAUAAAAGGACUCAUGCGAAGAAGUUCAAAGAAGGAUAAGAAGGCUAAGAAGACUGAUGUAACAGAUUGAAUUGGUGUAUGACGAGGACUGGAACCUAGGAUGGCAUUUCUUGGCGUUAGUAUCGAUAGAUGAUAGUCUUUCUGAACAGUUGCUUGAUGAAUGUUCUGCUCAGAUAUGAUUGUGUUGAUGGUGUCGUAGGUACCUAUUAUG